CGAAACCGAACCGGUCCACAACGCGUGAAAGUCAACGGUGACGAAAAUGCAGCAAGUAGACAUAUCCGCCAAUCAUCCAGUGGUGCUAUUGCUGGUGCAUCGCGAGUGCCACACGUAGGCAUCAAGCAAACUAUUUCUCAACGCCCUGCACUGGGCGAGGUCACGACGACUGCCGUCAAUCGCAAGGUCCGACUUCGGUUGACGUGUUGA